AUGACAGAAGUCCCGACAAUAUCCCAACACAGCUUUCUCAUCUUCGGGGGAAAUCCUCCUAAUGGACUGUAUUCUUAUGUUUACUUCUCUUUGGAUCUUUUGGCUCCUCCGUUUUAUGUUCCGGUCGCACUCUUCUAUACUUCUGCUCCUGAGGUCAAUGUAUCAAAGAAGCUGAAGACGUCACUUUCCGAGACGCUCUCCAGCCUCUACCCUUUCUGCGGAAGGCUGAAGGAGAUUGCUUCCAUCGACUGCAGCGACCAUGCAGUGCUGUUCGUGGAGGCCAGAGCUUGCUCCCCGCUCUCGGGACUCCGACAUUCUGGACUCCAGCAGUUCCUCCCUUUCCCUCUGUACAAUCUUAGGAGUCAAAUUCCUUAUGUCAUGGGCCGAGGCAGGCUUUGGAAUCUGCCCCGUCUCAGGUACCAGGCCCUGCUGGGAUGCCUCGAUGAUUUUCUGCUGAAAGUUGUGAACUUCCCGUUGCCGGCUGGAGUGAUCAGCAAUGAGAAGCUCGUGACUAAGAGCCGGUUCAAUGGGAAAGGCUUAGCCCAAUUGAGGGCAGAAUUUCCCGGGCUGAAACUGAUUAUGGUCGAGGCUGUCACAGCCCUGAUUUGGAAAACUGCACUUGAAGUAGCUAGAGUAACGCCAGGGAGUUCGGGGAUUUGCCUGCCUUCCGCCGUCACUCACAUCAUGAACAUCUGGAGCAGGGCUGCCCCACCACUGCUGGAGCAGACGCUGGGCAAUCUCUGGCAAUCAGCGGUGGCCCCGCCCGAUGAUCGACAUGGACAAACAAGCUCCCCAACUGCACGAUCUAGGGGCUCUGCUUCGGAAGUCUAUCGGAAGAAUGAAUGGAGAUUUUGUAAGGGUGCUCCAUGGAGGGAACGGGUCAGCCAAACCUUGCGAGUCGCUAUGUCGGCAAGGAAGUUGGCCUCAACAAGCGGUGCGGGAUUUGAGUUUUACAGGUAUAGCAGCUGGACGAGGAUCCCGUUCUACGAGGCAGAGUUUGGGUGGGGCAGGCCCGCAUGGGGCUGCACAACCAGCCAGCGUGCUUAG